AUGUCAGACCACGAAGACAACGACGAUCUCAUGGACGGAGGGCCGCCCACAAUCGACCCGUACGAGGUCCUAGGGCUCGAACGCAGCGCCAGCGCAGGCGAGGUCAAAUCGGCGUAUCGCAAAACAGCUCUCAAAACUCACCCAGACAAGGCCGCCGCCGAUAAGAAAGACGAGGCCAAAGAGAAGUUCCAACAAGUCGCCUUUGCGUACGCCGUACUUUCUGACCCAGCGCGGCGCAAACGCUACGACGAAACUGGCUCGACCUCGGAAGCGGUUGUCGAUGCCGAUGGUUUCAGCUGGAGCGAUUUCUACAGAGAGCAGUUCCGGGAUGCCAUUUCGGAGGAGGCGAUCCAGAAGUUUGCGGCGGAGUACAAGGGGUCAGAGGAGGAAAAGGACGAUGUGUUGGCCGCGUACGAGGAGUUUGAGGGUGACAUGGAUGGCGUGUACGAGAGUGUCAUGCUGAGUAACGUGCUGGAAGAUGACGAGCGCUUCCGCGCGUUGAUUGAUGCCGCAAUCGAGGCUGAGGAGGUCGAGCGUUUCAAUGCGUACGUCAAGGAGACUAAGAAGACGCGGCAGUCCCGGGUAAAGGCGGCUCGCAAGGAAGCACAAGAAGCAGAUGAGCUGGCCAAGGAGCUGGGUGUCUACGAGAAGCUGCGCGGGGACGGGAAGAAGAAGCAGAGUAAGAAGGACGCGGAAGCUGGCCUGGCCGCGUUGAUCCAACGGAACCAGGCAUCCAGGGCCAGCGCGCUGGAUAUGCUAGCCGAGAAGUACGGUGCUGUGCCCAAGGCAAAGGGCAAGGCGGCUGGGAAGGGAAAAAAGAGGGUGCUAGAGGAGCCGGAUAUUUCGGAGGAGCAGUUUCAGGCGAUACAGGCGGGUAUGAAGAAGAAGCGAAACGCACCCGCUGCAACGCAAGGUACCAUGACCGACGCGACCAUUUGCGACAUCUACCCACAAUACUGCUUCCACCUGUCGCCCACCAUCAACCGCUGGUGUCAUUUCCAGGCCUGUGAUGUCUUGACACUAAGGGGCCAUACGGGCUUCGAAGGCCAGGAUGUCUACUUUUAUCUCAAUCACCCGAUCAAAUGGGUGCGCGUUUCCGGUGUCGUGGUGUCGGUUGAUGAGCGCGAAUGGGCUCGCUUUUACAUGAUUGAUGACGGCAGCGGGGCAACCAUCGAAUGUGUCGUCAAGGUCGACCCCCAAGCAACGCCUGGAAUUACGGUGGAUGCCACGACGGCGACAACAAAGCAAACGCCAGCUGCAGGACAGAACCGUUCCGUAGUCAUCGACCGGCCGAUCGACGUCGGCCACGUGCUGGAUAUUAAAGGGUCUGUCCGCACGUUUCGCAAUAAUAAGCAAGUUUACGCCGAAAAGAUCGUUCACCUUCACUCCACCGAUCAAGAGAUAGUGUUCUGGGAGAAAACGGCGCAGCUCAAGUUGGAGGUGUUGUCCAGUCCCUGGGUCUUGGAUGAGCGAGUAGUGAGACGGUGCAGGAAGGAGGAAGAAGGGCGAUUCCGCAGUCAACACGGCCGGCAAGCUGGGGAGCAAAAGAAGACAGGAUUGGAGAAGUCUUCGGUGAAGACAGCGUCUCGUGAGGAAGGACGGGCGAGGAAGCGCAGCCGGGACACGACCCCUGGCUCAGCCCUGCCCAUCAGGAAGAAAACGGGGCUAGAGAGGGCUGCGCUGCGGGUAGAAGAGAUUGAGGAAAACAUUCAAGUGGGGAAAACGGUCCCUGGAAACGGGGUGGAAAAGAGAACGGGCCUUGAGCGGUCAACCGGUCUGGAAAGGAAUAUGGGCCUGAACAGCAAAGCAGCCCCAGAAACGGCCGCGUUGUUAACCGCGUUGCAGGUUGUCACGUCUCUUCCGGUAUCAGAAGAGGACCGCAAUAAUAUCAACCGUUACCCUUCUUCGACAACCCUAUCCGCGCAUCUCCCGGCAAAAACAGUUCAAGCCGUUGCCAAAACUCCGGCCAAAGUUAUCACGAGCGUUGGCCCAGACGGCACCGUUCAGAUCCUUCCCAGCAGAACCACUCCGGCUCCCGGCUUCAUCCCUUCUGAGCUUGAGACCCUUGGGCACGUCACCGCUUGUCCGCUCUUAACAGACCUGAUCCCCGAGCCGACUGUGAUCAUAUCCAUCUCAUUGCCCAUCUCGGUGGGCAUCAGCUUCAGCAUGGGGUCCUCAUCAAGCGUGCCGACGGCGAGUUCAGACAUCUUUGCCGAUCCCAUUUCCACGGAUGCGCCACUUGCAAAUUUCGCCAGGAAGGACGACCACCCUGUGCCCCGACAAGGCAUUACCAACAAGAACGGUCCCAUCGGGACCAACAAAUUCUACAACAACUUCCACCUCGGGAACCAGACUACUCCAGCUUACCUGCACCCGUACUCAGUCGCCUGGGCUCGGGGCCAGGGAGCCGCAAAGAGCUGGGGCCUCGCCGUCUCCCACAUCGAUGCCCAGCAGCGGGUCUACGGCCAAGCCAGCCCUGGCACGGGGGCCGUGUCGUACUUUAUCAACCCCAUUGGGAUCCAAUCCGUGAUCCUCUCGGCGAAAGAGCUUGGAAGCGGCACUGUCCUGAACACCGACGCCCUGACGGACUUUUCCGCGCAAGUUAACCUGCUCCCCAACACCGGUGGCACUCCUGCAGUGAGGUUCCCUCUAGUCCAGGGCUCCGGCUUCAUCACGGCCUUGUACGAUGGCGCGGUUCCGGUGCUCCAGACGGGCGUCUACUACAGGACCGUCACUCGCGCGACGACGGACCCCAAGCAGGGCAUCACCAAGUACAAGCUCGUUUUAGAGGACGGGGCGACCUGGCUCGUAUAUGCCUACCACAGCAAAGGGAAUCCCCUAGAUCUCGAGGUGGUCGACAACACGUUGGCCCAGGCCAAGGGCCCGUUCUCCGGUACCAUCCAGGUGACUAAGGAUCCCGGUGGUGGUGAGGCGGUAUUUGACAAGGCUUGCGGCGCAUACCCAACCGGGGUCCAGCUGUCUGGUUCAGUAUCCGGUGCAUCGGGGUCAUACACUCUCGCCUUCCAGAAAGCCGGUCUCAGCGACACUGCACUAGCGAUGUUUGCGUUGCCGCACCACCAGGACUCGUUUGACGGCGCCACCAAGGGGAAGGUGACCAGCGUAAAGCUGCAGACCACGACCAAAGGUAUAGCAGCCGCGGUCAUGGCGGACAGCUGGACCCUGGUUGAGUCAAAUCUGCCGACGAACAUUGGGUUCCUGCCGUGGACACCGCAGACUGGCAGUCUCAGCACCCUUUCGGACGCUACCAAACAGUUCAUCCAUACGGUUGCGCAGCAGGAGGUAUCGCAGAAUAUUCUGGAUCAAACGGAUCAGAAUUCGAUGUACUUCAGUGGGAAGGCAUUGGCCAAAUUUGCUAGUCUCAUCGUGGCUACCAAGGAGAUGCUGGAUGAUCAGGGGCUGGCCCAGGCCGGGCUGGAUCAGCUAAAGAAGGCAUUCUCGCGGUUUGCGCAGAACACACAACAAUAUCCGUUGGUGUACGAAAGCGCAUGGGGCGGCAUAGUGUCGUCUGCGACGUACUCGACAGGUGACACAGGGGCUGACUUCGGCAAUACGCUGUACAACGACCACCACUUCCACUGGGGCUACUUCAUCUACACGGCCGCCGCCAUCGGGCACCUGGACCCGUCAUGGAUCGACGCCAAUAAGGCGUAUGUUAAUCUGCUCGUGCGUGAUAUUGCCAAUCCUAGCACGCAGGACUCCUAUUUCCCUCUGUGGCGAUCUUUCGACUGGUUCCACGGCCACAGCUGGGCUCAUGGGCUGUUCGACACGCUUGAUGGCAAGGACCAGGAGUCGAGCUCGGAGGAUACGAUGCAUGCAUAUGCGCUGAAGAUGUGGGGAUCCGUCGUGGGUGAUGCGAACCUGGAGGCUCGAGGCAACCUGAUGCUCGCUGUCCAAGGCCGUUCCCUGCGCUCCUACUACCUCUACACCAGCGCCAACACGGUCCAGCCGCACGAAUUUAUCGGGAACAAGGCGGCCGGCAUCCUGUUCGAAAACAAGAUCGACCACACCACCUACUUUGGCACCAACAUCGAGUUCAUUCAGGGCAUCCACAUGCUUCCCCUGCUGCCGCACACACCUUUCAUCCGCACACCGGACUUUGUGCGCGAGGAGUGGGAUACCUACUUUAGUCAAGGGCGAGUGGAUGCCAUCCAGGGUGGGUGGAAGGGCGUGUUGUGGGGGAAUUAUGCGACGAUUGAUCCCAAAGGGGCGUAUACCUUCUUUUCUGGCGGUGGCGCUGCUGCUGGUGCAAGGGGUGAACAUCCCAACAAACAGCAGGCUGUGGGAAGGGCUGGGUUUGACCCGGGUUGGUUGGAUGGCGGGGCAAGUUUGACGUGGUAUUUGUGUUAUUCUGCUGGUGAGUAUUCCCUUCAUUUCCCCCUUUGUGAUUUGACAACUAACGAGUUGUAUUGUAGCGUUGGGCGGGCUCUGAGCGGGUUCGUUGCUCGAUAUCCUGUAAGUUGA